AUGCAAUUUACAAUUCUCGCCGCUCUUGCGUCUUUUGCUGUUGGCACCCACGCAGCCGCCAUCAAGCUACCCCGUCAAGGAGCUUCAAACCCGCGCCUGGCUCAAUUUCGCGUCUUCUCUGCGGCAGGCUGCUCUGACCUAAACGAAGGCUUCUACACGGUCGAUACCGACCAGGCCAACCAGUGUCACGACUUUUCGGGUGAAAGCGACUCCACACCCAAUGGUUAUGUGUCGAUUGUACUCCAGGGCACGACCGCUGCGGCCGCCAACUGUGAACUCUUGCUAUACUCUGACACCGCCUGCUCAGAGACUGAGACAAUUUCCUCGCUCGACACUUGCGAAGAUGCUUCAGUAGUCCAGGACGGUGCAUCGUACCCAACAUGGAACUCGUACUAUUACAAGUGCACCAGCAGCAACACAACGGAGACCAGCUCAACGGCAUGA